UGACCACGCCCUUUCUCGCGGCUCUUGUGACGCAGGCGCGCUGGGCUUUUUGCGCGGGAAAAGGCAGCAGUUCGGAACUAGCCGGGGCUGCUGGGACCCACUGUUUUCGCGGAGUCCGCCGCUGGCCCCGCGCCUCUGCCGGCCAUGGGGCUGCUGGAGCAGUGCGAGCAGGUGUUCGGUACCGCCGACCUUUACCGGGUGCUGGGGGUGCGGCGCGAGGCCUCGGACGGCGAGGUCCGACGCGGCUACCACAAGGUGUCCCUGCAGGUGCACCCGGACCGGGUGGGCGAGGACGACAAGGAGGGUGCCACCCGCCGCUUCCAGAUCCUCGGGAAAGUCUACUCCGUCCUGAGUGACCAGGAGCAGAGGGCCGUGUACGAUGAGCAGGGGACCGUGGACGAGGACUCGGAUGUGCUCAGCCAGGAUCGGGACUGGGAGACGUAUUGGAGGUUACUCUUUAAAAAGAUAUCUCUAGAAGACAUUCAAGCUUUUGAAAAGACAUACAAAGGUUCUGAAGAAGAGCUGGCUGAUAUUAAACAGGCCUACCUGGACUUCAAAGGGGACAUGGGUCAGAUCAUGGAGUCGGUGCUGUGCGUGCAGUACACGGACGAACCCAGGAUAAGGAACCUUAUUCAGCAAGCCAUUGACGCUGGAGAAGUUCCAUCCUAUAAGGCCUUUGUCAAAGAAUCGAAGCAAAAGAUGAAUGCUAGGAAAAGGAGGGCCCAGGAAGAGGCUAAAGAAGCAGAAAUGAGCAGGAAGGAGUUAGGACUUGAUGACGAAGAUAAUUUGAAAGCACUCAUUCAGGUGGUUUAUAUUAUUGAAACUUUAAGAAUGGAGGAGAAUAUGAAGCUUGCUACAGUGGAAGAUGCUGUGGAGUACCGCCUGUUCCUGAUACCAGAUGAACCAAGGGAUGCAGAAGAACACAAGGAGAUUCUUCAGAAGUAUAUUGAGAGAAUAAUGACCCAGUUUGCACCUAUGCUGGUCCAUUAUAUCUGGCAGAAUCAGCCUUUCAAUCUCAAAUACAAACCUGAGAAAGGAGGUGUUCCUGCUCAUAUGUUUGGCAUGACAAAGUUUGGGGAUAAUAUUGAGGAUGAAUGGUUUAUUGUUUAUAUAGUAAAGCAAAUUACAAAGGAAUUUCCAGAAUUGGUAGCAAGGAUUGAAGACAAUGAUGGUGAAUUCUUGUUAAUAGAAGCUGCUGACUACCUCCCUAAAUGGUUGGAUCCUGAUAAUAGUGCUAAUAGGGUGUUUUUCUACCAUGGGGAAUUGUGCAUUAUUCCUGCACCGAGGAAACCUGGAGCAGUAUCCUGGUUACCGACUGCACCCCCAACAAUCCCACAAGCACUGAAUAUAAUCUCAACACACCCAGAAAAAAUUUUGGCUUCAGAAUCUGUACGAGCUGCUGUGAAUAGGCGUAUCAGAGGAUACCCAGAAAAAAUUCAAGCCUCCCUCCAUCGAGCUCACUGCUUCCUUCCAGCUGGCAUCGUGGCCGUGCUAAAGCAGCGCCCCCGACUGGUGGCCGCAGGAGUCCAGGCCUUUUACCUGCGGGACCCCAUUGACCUGCGAGCCUGUCGUAUUUUCAAGACAUUCUUGCCUGAAACACGAAUAAUGACAUCGGUCACCUUCACCAAAUGUCUGUAUGCACAGUUGAUGCAACAAAGGUUUAUACCAGACCGGCGGAGUGGAUUCAAACUGCCUCCUCCAUCUCAUCCCCAGUACCGAGCCCAUGAAUUGGGCAUGAAGCUGGCUCACGGGUUUGAGAUUCUGUGUUCCAAAUGUCACCCACAUUUUUCUGACUCCAAGAAAUCCCCUGUGACUUCCUCACCACUCUGGGCUGGCUUCCUGGACAGUCUGAAGAAGAACGAUUACUUUAAGGGACUGAUAGAAGGUUCUGCACAGUACCAGGAGAGACUAGAAAUGGCAAAGAACUACUUCCAACUCUCAGUAAACCGGCCAGAAAGCUCUGUUGCUAUGAGCCCAGGUGAAGAAAUCUUAACCUUAUUGCAGACAUUACCAUUUGAUAUCGAAGAGCUUAAGAAAGAAGAAGCUAAUCUUCCCCCAGAAGAUGAUGACCAGUGGUUAGAUCUCUCACCAGAUCAGCUGGACCAGCUCCUGCAAGAAGCUGCUGGCAAAAGAGACCCAGAGCCCAUUUCCGAGGAGAAGGAGCACUACGACUUAACUCGAGUCUCAAAGAGCAUGAAAGCUUUCCUGUCCAAAGUCUCCACCCACAAAGGCGCAGAGCUGCCUCGAGACCCUUCUGAAACUCCAAUCACUUUUGAUGCAGAUUCUUUCCUUAAUUAUUUUGAUAAGAUUUUAGGACCAAGGCCUCCUGAAUCAGACUCCGAUGACCAGGAUGAGGAAGACUUUGAAUCUUUAGAAAGUGAUGAUGACUUGGAUUUUGAAACACAGGAACCUGGGGAAGAAGCAUCUGUAAAAGGAACACUUGAUGAUCUCAAGUCAUACAUGGCCCAGAUGGACCGGGAACUGGCACAUACCAGCAUUGGCAAAAGUUUCGCCACCCAGAAGCAAAUGGAAUCUCUAGCCCAGACUACCAAUAGCAAUUCAGAUGAGGAAGAUUCUGGUGCAGGAGACUCUGGUAUGACGCCGGUGGAUGUAGACCUAAACCUGGUUUCAAAUAUAUUGGAGUCGUACAGUUCCCAGGCCGGACUGGCCGGACCGGCUUCCAACCUCUUACAGAGCAUGGGGGUGCAGCUGCCGGACAACACUGACCCCAGACCCACACGCUCCAUCCCCAGGACAGAGCCGCACAGCUUCUUGGACUCCUGUCCCGCAGCAGCACUCACCUGCGGGUAAUAGAUGAUCUUACUGGAAGGGCACACACGCUUGCUGCCAGCUACAUUCUUCUUGGUGGGCUGCCCACUUCUGCUGCAGAACUGAUGAGCAUCAUGCCAGCGGAGGAGAGCCUGCGCCUAGGAAUGCGAAGGUGGGCUUGGUUUCGUUUAGAGAGUGUGGGGCUCAUCUAGGACAGUGCUGGGCAACUCGGAGGGAAAUGCCAGUGCCUUUUCAGUUCCUCUAUUCUAAAUGGUUUAUUAACUGUCUAAACUUUAAAGUACGGAAACUACUGAGCAUAUCCCUCCAUCAUCUGAAACAUGAAUAAAAGAAAGUAUAGUUCAAGUAUAUUAUGAAUUAUUUUUAAAAAUGUAAUAUAUAAAGUAUGAAACACUCCAUGUACCUAUGACCCAGUUUAAAAAUAAAACAUUGCCAAUAUGAAACAUU